AUGAUAAACUCUACACAGGUUUCAUAUUUCACACUUGCUGCCUACUUUGACACUGGGGUUUUGAAAUAUUUAUAUUUCUUGCUCAUUAUGUCUUUAUAUAUUUUCAUAGUUUGUGCUAAUGUUUUACUGAUUGUGGUUAUCUGUAAGAACAGGAGCUUACAUGAACCUAUGUACCUUUUUCUGUGCAGCCUGUUUGUAAAUGAACUGUAUGGUAGUACAGGGUUGUUUCCAUUCCUUCUGGUUCAGAUCCUCUCUGACAUUCACACUGUUUCUGCUCCGCUCUGUUUCCUGCAGAUUUUCUGUGUGUAUACUUAUGUAUGUGUAGAAUUUUGUAACUUAGCCAUCAUGUCUUAUGACAGAUAUCUUGCCAUCUGUUAUCCUCUACAAUAUAACACUCGUAUGAUGACUAAAAAAGUUGCUGUGCUUAUUGCCCUACCAUGGCUAUACUCUUUCCUUACCAUUGUUGUUUUGAUAUCAUUGAUUGUUCCUCUACAGCUGUGUGGGAACAUCAUUGACAAAGUUUACUGUAACAACUACUCUAUUGUGAAACUGGCAUGCUCUGAAACAACAGCCAAUAACAUAUAUGGACUCAUUCUCACUUUUCUCACAGUCUUUGUUCCUUUCAUUAUAAUUCUUUACACUUAUAUGAGGAUCCUUAAAGUGUGUUUUUCUGGUUCUAAACAGUCCAGACAGAAAGCUGUCAGUACCUGCACACCUCACCUUGCUUCUCUGCUCAACUUUUCUUUCGGUGUUUGCUUUGAAAUAUUACAGAGCAGAUAUGAUACAAAGAGUGUGCACAGUGUACUGAAAACUGUUUUAUCAUUGUACUAUCUGACAUGCCAGCCGCUCUUUAACCCUGUGAUGUACGGACUGAAAAUGUCCAAAAUCUAUGUCAUAUGUAAACGUCUGUUGUUAAAGUGUAGAUCAGGAGAGAGAUGUGAUCAGGUUGACUGA